ACGAGGCAUUGGGGCAUAUAUAUUCGUUGUACGCAUAAAGGAAGUUUGCAAAACUAGCGGUGCUUCGUGUUUAGGGUUUCCAUCAGCCUGCCUGCAGUCGCCGACAUCGUCUCAAAAUGACAAAGCGAACAAAGAAGGCAGGAAUUGUUGGGAAGUAUGGCACCCGCUAUGGUGCGAGUUUGAGGAAGCAGAUCAAGAAAAUGGAAGUCAGCCAGCAUGCCAAGUACUUCUGCGAGUUCUGUGGCAAGUAUGCUGUGAAGCGGAAAGCUGUUGGUAUAUGGGGAUGCAAGGACUGCGGCAAAGUUAAAGCUGGCGGUGCCUAUACUCUGAACACUGCAAGUGCAGUUACCGUUCGAAGCACCAUCAGAAGGCUAAGGGAGCAGACAGAGAGUUAAUUCGACCAUUUUCCAUGCGUAGCCGGCUAAUCAUGGCCUCCAUUUUUAAAUUUAGAUUAUUGUAUUUUUCUGUUGUUUAGGGUAGUCGACUCUAUAAGUUUAUUUUUCUUGGCUUGAAGCUGUUAAAUCCAGGAUUUUUUUGAGUUUCCAGCAAAAUUUAAAAACUAUUUUUUUAAAAA